ACUACGAAGGGUAUGGUCAUGCCUAUUCUGCAUGCUGGUCAACAGAACCCCAUCGGCCAAGCUACUGCUCAGUCGCAGAUGAACCUUGGCGGUGGAAAUAUUGUGCCGCAGUUACCAAGUGGCAUCGGACUACUGCCCGGAAGCUCCAUCACGACGGGCACCCAAGUACAGAGCCCACAAGGAAGCGUAAACGCUUUGGUGGGACAUCAAACAACCGCAACACAGUCAAUGACAACUACUGGCGCAGGAAUAGCGGGGAUUUCUAUAACAAAUGGACAGCAACAAUCCACAGGCCACGCAGUCAGCAGCAUUAAUGCCGUCGAACCAUCAGCAAACUUGAGUCAACAUGAAGGUGUUGGUCAAGCGACUCCGCCACAGACGAUGCUUGGUAGUGGAACUGCUGGGGAACAAACAGCCCACGGCACAGGACAACAGCUUGGAAACGUUAUAACUACGGGAAGCCAAGUACAGGGCCUAUCAGGAAAUGUAAGCGCUUCAGUGGGACAUGAAACAACCCUAUCGCAGUCAAUGCCAACUACUGGCCCAGGAAUGGCGAUCAAUCCGAUUACAAGUGGCACAGGGCAACAGCCCGGAAGCCCGACAACGACGGGUAGCCAAGUACAGGGCCUACAAGGAAGUGUUAACGCUUCAGUGGGACAUCAAACAACCACGGUUACGUCAAUAUCAGCUACUGGCCCAGCAAUAGUGACGAUUCCGGUAACAAAUGGAGAGCAACAAACAGGAGGACCGAUAACUAGCACCAUUCAUGUCAUCGGACAGUCAGCAAACUUGAACCAAUCAGUAACUGCAGGCCAAGCGACUACGCUUCACACGACAGUUGUCAGUGGAAUGGCAGUGGGACAAACAACAAACGGAAAGCAAGAAUCUGGAGUGUCGGCAGUGAACGACAAACAAGGCUCCAGUCAACAAAGCGGUUUAGGCACACCGGUUGGACAACAAAAACAUCGUGAACGGUUGAAGAUACGAACUCUUAAAGUACAAGAACCACCUAAAGCGCAUGGAAUAGAUGAGGAGUGCAAGGUGAUUGCACCUCUGGCAACAACAGAGAAAUGUCGCCGUCGCAGAUGGUUCUACGAUCCAAAAACCGAAGAGUGUCGGCCAAGCUGCAGUAAAACCGCACCCUUCUCGAACCAGAUUGCUUGUGAUGGAGUGUGCCGGUCUCUGGAAGCCUGCGAUUUUCCCAUGGCAAGCAUUCCUUGCUUGUUCCGCAAGGUGCAUCGGGUAUACAUUUACAAUCAAUACACCAAAAAGUGCUUCAAGGGAUACGAUUGUGGUUUCUUCGGAAAUAAGUUCCCUACUUUACAAGAGUGUCAAGACACUUGUAGAAAGUAUGAAGGUGCCCUUAUAGCAUACUACAUGGGUGUUCUGUGGUGGUUCCUAUGA